UGGCAACAAGCGUCAGCAAUCGCAGCAAGCCGAACAACCAAUAACAGCAAAAAUUCGAAAUCUCUCUCUGGUUGCCUCUGUUUCUUGCGCAGAGACGAGCAGGACCUUCUCUCACUCAGGUUUCUUACUUCUGCGGAUUUGGAUGAGAUACGUUUCCUUGGUGGAAAUGGAUUUGGGUGUUGAACUGAUUGAGUUGCCUGCAAAGAGGCGACGAGAAAUAUCUCCUCAAAAGCAGGUGCAAAAUGAGCAGCUUGUGCACAAAAUUGAGGUAGAUGAAAAAAUGGCCAAGUUUGAAGAUGACGUCAUGAGCAGCAAUCAGGAAAAUAUUGCAGUGGGAGGAGAGCAGCCUGCAAAAUUGAUUGCUUUAGGGACUUCCUCAACCCCAAAGAGAGCUUCAGGCCAUCUGGCUGCAGUGCCCAACUUCUCAGAGUAUCUGAAUCAGCAGAUGUUCCAAAAAGGAGAGAUUCAAGAUAGAAAGUCUCGCCCUCGUCAACGAGGAUCUGGCCACUGCAGGUGCUGCACUUGCACCCAUUCUCAGUCCCCAUCGCCAAUCAGGCGUCGUCGCUCGUUGACACCCAAACAAACCAGUGGGAAUUUACAGGUUGGCAAUGAUGACACUCCUUUUUUGUCACCUCAAAAUGCUGAGGAUGCCGAGAUUGAAGUGGUGCAUCUCAAAACAGGCCAGCCUGCUCAAAAGAAAUCAUUCAAAUCAGAAGUGGAAUUUACAGGCAAAUCAAAAAUGCAAAUUCCUGAGGACCAAGUGUCUGCCUAUGACUACAAAGGACCUGUCAAGGUGCUGUGCAGCCAAGUCUUGGGCAAAGAACGUCGCAAAGACUACUGCCUGUUCUGCAAGAAGCUAACCGCCAACUAUAAGAGGCACUACAUGGAAGAACACAUCAAAGAGGAAGAAGUGCAGCUGGCUUCUGAAAUGGAAACAAAUGGAGUUUUCUCUGCUUGGAAAUAUUUGCAGCACAAAGGCAACGAUGUGCACAACAACUUGCCAGUCCUGCACUCACAAUCAGGAUACAUCAUUCCUGGGAGAUUGUCUUUCGGAGGGCAGAAUUUGGUUCAAUUGGUACGAUGCAAGGAUUGUCGAAUGGUGCUCUGCAAAUCCUCCCUGAGCUCACACAGAAAGCUCACUUGCAUAGGCAUCAAAUGGCAGGCGUAUUUGAACACAAGAAAGCAGAAAAGGGCUCAAAAAGAAAACCUGAUAAGGAUCCUCCAGCAGAAUCAGCUUUCUAAGGGUCAGAUGGACUUCUUGAUGAGAGAUGAAUUGACUGAGGAUUUCCUUACAACCAUGCUGACGAAUAAUCCAAAUAAGUCGGAGAAAGACAUGGCUGAAACCGCCAUGCAAUUGGCCAAUUUUUUUGCCUUGGUGAAGACUCUUCGGCCUGACAUCACCAACUACAUGCAGCUUCUGUCAAUUGCCAACACCCAACUGCUGGCUGAAACCAUUCGGCGUCGAUGCUUCACCUACUCGGGUGGGAUUGAGCUGCACCCUGGUCUGAUGAAGUUCCUGCGUACAACUGUGUUCAACCUGAGCUUGCACGCUAUGGAGUACAAGAUAAACAAGCGGUUCCCGCUUGAGGAAGUGAAUUCGUCCAGGGAGCUCACUCACUACUUGCUGUCUAACUCCUGGAAUGAGAUGUUGAAAGAAAACAACUAGAGGUAGAUACUAUAGAAAAGAGGUUGAUUCACAGAUGAGGAAACAUUUUGAUACAUCUUUGGAUUCACCAAUAGGAAGGAUAUAUAUUUAAAACAACACAUGCACAUAAGCUAACUUUUUUUUAGAACACAUGCAGAUUAAAAAUACUAAUUCCAUUUAGUAUUAAAAUCCAAUUGCACAAAUUUCUCUUUACUGGUUUCUAGAUAAAUUCAAAGCUUUAUGCAAUUAUACUGUCUUAGUAAGGUCAGGGUAAGGUCAUCGCUAUGAUGAAAUUUAAUGAAGAAUACACCUUGCACCUUGUGUGUUUUUCUGAUUUAUACUUGCCAAAAAUUUAAAUAUUUAUUUUAAUAUAACAUACAUUUUCUAUGUUGAAAUACAAAGUUAUUAAAAAUUGUUUAAUAAUUUUUCCUGUUAAGGAUAGCAAAUUCCUAUUUAUGAGAUUUAAGAAUCUGAAUUUAAUUUUCAUUAUAAAUUAAUCUUAUAUUUGAAAAAAUACUUGACAUAAAAUGUAAGGUGUACUCUUUAAAAUGAUGGGAUUGUAAAGCAAAAAAUGCCACAAAUAUUUAUGGAUUGUACUGUGUGUUGAUUGAUAUACGGUAUUAUACACUACAUCACUCUUCAUUAGACUAGACUGCAGCAGCAAAAUUAAAUAUAUUUCGAUAUAUUUAUUCAUUUAUUACUUGCAGUACGAUUAAUUAUUGCACUUUGAUACUUUCUUGUGUACACUAAAUACCUAUUCAGUUAUUCACUACUUUGUCAGAUAAUUGUAAAAUCAUUUUGUUUUGCACUAGAAAAAUAAAAUUACAAAUGCAAAACUGAUAUGUAGUUGUA